AACUCGGCCUUGUUUCUUGCAGAAUCUUCGCCUUCUCUCUCUAGACAUGUUUUGUUCUUCUUCUUCUUUAGAUUCUGAGUAUUCUUAUCCUCUUAUCUUUCCACGACCUAAUACCCAUAUUUCAGACUCAUAUACAUAGGAGAGAGUUUCUAUCUCACCACUUCUCUUUCUUCUUCUUCAUCUUCUAUGGCGCUGAAUCUUUAUUAUUAUAGUAACACGAUCUGACUGAUAUUAUUGAAGAUUAUUAGGUCAAUAUGGGUUCAAACCUCAAAUUAAAUUCCACGAUUCCCAAAACGAUCAACCAAUUUCUGGACCACUUGUCGCUCAUCGGCGACGUUUCGGAGAGAUUAUCCAAGUUAGAUGACUUCCGUAACAAAUUAGAGGAAGAAAGGACCAAAAUUGAUCCCUUUAAACGAGACCUUCCUCUCUCCCUUCUCCUUAUCAAUGAUGCGAUUAAGACCUUGAAGGAUGAAGAAGAAAUGCACUACAGGAGAAGAAGAAGAAGAACAACAACAACAAAUCAUCAGCCGGUGCUGGAAGAAUUUAUGCCUUUAAAGAAAACUUCAAAAGAAGAUGAUGAUGAUGAUGAAACCAUUCAACUUAUUAUUAAAGACAAUAGUAAAGAUAAGAAGAAUUGGUUAAGCUCUGCUCAGCUGUGGAAGACUGAUGAUGAUGAUGAUGAUGAUGAUGAUGAUAGCAAAAACUUGGAUCUUGUUCGUAGCCGGAGGCGAAAUCCAUCUUCACAAUUAGUUAUAGAGGGUGUUGUUAAGGAAGAGUUGAAUAAUGUUGGGUCCUUUAAAGCUUGUUCUAUGGUUGUUUCAAUGGGGGGUAAGACAGGAGGAAAAGAAGAGAAAGUGGAUGAAUCUACAAUUCCUGCACUUUCUCUUGUUAUCCCUGGAAUGAAGAACUUCAAAGAGGAUGAAUCUAGCUUUAAGAUCAAUGGUGGUGGUAAUAAGGCAGGUUCAUCUUCUACCUCUAGCUUACAGUUACAGCCAAAUUCAAGAAAACAAAGACGGUGUUGGUCGCCUGAACUGCAUCGUCAAUUUGUCAAUGCCCUCCAACAACUUGGUGGCUCUCAUGUGGCAACUCCUAAGCAGAUUAGAGAACUAAUGCAAGUAGAUGGUUUAACAAAUGAUGAAGUGAAGAGCCAUUUGCAGAAAUACCGGCUUCACACUAGAAAGGCUUCUUUGACGGAUGAGAAUAGGUCUAUGAUUUUAUUCAUGGAUCAAGAUCAAUAUAGUGAAUCAUCAAAACAGAGCAGUUCUCAAUCGGCUUCCCCACAUGGUCCUUUUGAUUUACCUGUUGCUGUAAACGGUGGAGGAACCAGCUUGGAGGAUGAGGAAGUGGAGGAUGAUGAAGAUGAUAAAUCAGAGAGUUGUGGCUGGAAGAAUCAGGCAUACAAAUCAGGUGAAGUCAAUUUAUAGAAAAAAGAAGACCUUCCUCGAAAAUUUUGCAGAUAAAAUCUACAUGAUGUACAUGGAAAGAGAGGGGAGGAUUCAUUUCAUUUGAGAAAUAAAACAAAAGUGUCAUGUUUUUUGCAGAGUUAGAUUUUGUUGGAGGCCUUUUCUAGAAUUAUUGUUGUUAUCAUCAAUCUAUCUAUCUAUCUAUCUAUGCUUGAUUGCUUUUGUA